UCUAUGCGUCAGCUGUCAAGCCAUACACAGCAUACUACAGUACUGUCUCGCAUGAUUUGUUUGGACAACGAAUGAAUCUGAAAUUCCACAGAGACCUGAACACACGACAAAGUAUGGUGACUGCAAUAUUACGCCUAUCAAGCUGGACUAAAGCGACUCCGUGACAGGAAAGUGGUUUUAGAAAGGUUUAUAUUAGUUAAGAAGAAUAGGAUAAAAGGGUUGAACAGGCUUUCCGGUUGCUAACGUACGUUGCAGACUAGCGGUAAUGCUAAUAAGCUAGCCUCGGAGUUCUAUAUCCAGCUUCAUUAGCCUAGCUGGUUAGCUAGCAAGCUAACAAGCCGAUGUAGCAAUAGCUGCGGAGUGUUUAAGGAAAGAUGGUGGGAGCUUGUCUGGAGGUCUUUAAUUUAGUUGAAAUGUUCAUUUUAACACUGACCAAUAUGACAUUGUGUGAAGUAAUAGUGAGAGCUCUGUUAAUGUGAAAGUGGCAGAUGAGGAGGUUACGUUAGUGAGGUUGGGUUGCUCAGGUAGUUAUGAGCAGUUUCAACAAUUUAACAUCUAACGUUACAUUUGGCUCUUCUGUGAGCACCGACUGUAAAGGCGCACCGGUCAGCGACGCUAUCAACAACAACAAUAACAACAAGGAGUGGGAUUUGGGGAGCGAUGUGUUUUCGUACUGUCACGAGAUGAGUCCCAUGGAUGACACGAUGCAGGCAGGGAUGUCCUCGGUCCAGUCGGGACUGGACGGACACCUGCCGCUUCUACACGCCGGACACCACAGCACACAGGACGGGUUGUUGUUUGACCUGGGUUCCCCGACCGCCUUCCUCGACAGCAGCUCUCUGGAGUACAGCGACAACGAUGGAAACAACGCGGGUCCGUUGUUCGAGAAGAGAAAGAGGUCGCGGUCCAACAGCUCCAGAAACCGCCUCAACGAGGUGGUCACUGAGCUCGGUGCCGAGGAGGUGCGGUGGUUUUACAAGGAAGACAAGAAAAAUUGGAAGGCCUUUGUCGGGCAUGAUUCACUUAAUAUUGAACGUAUGUUUCGGAAAUACUGUGAGCUGAACCCUGGUGCAGCAGGCUCCCAGGUCGGAGAGGAAGAGUGCGGUAAUACCGGCGCGGAGACUAGAGGACUGAACGGUGCAGUCCCGGUCGAGACGAGGACCAGCAGUGUGCACGGAGGCCCGGGGUCCCUGGACACAUCCACCGUGUCCUCGGAGGAGAGGGACCCUAACACAAUUGAAAUCAACGUUGAGCCAGUUUGUGUCCGAGGAGGGCUUUAUGAGGUGGAUAUUAAAGAGAAAGAAUGCAAUCCUGUUUACUGGAAGCAACAAGACCAUAUCCCAGUCAUGAGAGGCCAGUGGUUUAUUGAUGGCACCUGGCUCCCGUUAGAGGAAGAAGAAAGUGACCUCAUCGAACACGAGCACCUGAACCAUUUCUUCGGGCAGCAAAUGCAGGACACCUUCGAGACGGAUUUGGUGGUCCGGACCGUCGAUUGCAAAGAUGUUCUCUCCUACCUGCCCCCUUUCUACCUCCCUUUUCUGUUCAAAUGGAGUGGAUAUCAGACGAGUGCUAAAACUACAUGUCACAAGCGCAAACGCUGCCAAGCCAUCCACAGUCUGAAGCUGAGUCGGACCCAUGUGGAUUGGCACAGUGUGGAUGAGGUAUACCUCUACAGCGAUGCCACCACAUCCAAAAUUGCACGCACCGUCACCCAGAAACUGGGCUUCUCCAAAGCUUCCAGCAGUGGAACUCGGCUUCAUCGGGGUUUUGUUGAGGAGGCCUCACCUGAGGACAGAGCCCCUCAGACUACACACAUUGUCUUUGUGGUUCAUGGGAUCGGACAGAAGAUGGACCAGGGACGCAUUAUUAAAAACACUGGAAUGCUGAGGGAGGGAGUGAGGAAGAUGGAGGAGAAGCAUUUUUCGGAGCACAAUGACGAGCAUGUGGAGUUCUUGCCUGUCGAGUGGCGCUCCAAACUUGCUCUGGAUGGAGAUACAGUAGACUCAAUAACACCAGACAAAGUGAGGGGACUGAGAGAUCUACUCAACAGCAGUGCCAUGGACAUCAUGUACUACAACAGCCCCCUUUACCGGGAUGAGAUUACCAAGGGCCUAACACAGGAGCUAAACAGACUCUACACACUUUUCUGCUCCCGGAACCCUGAGUUUGAGGAGAGGGGAGGCAAAGUUUCCAUUGUGUCUCACUCCCUCGGCUGUGUCAUCACCUACGACAUCAUGACGGGAUGGGAUCCGGUGCGCUUCUGUCAGCAGGAGCAUCACGCUGUGGAGGCGGAGCUGGACCUACGCUGGAUGUCCUACGAGGAGAAGCACGUUUUAGAGCAGCUACAGCUCACAAGGAAUAGGUUACAAGAGCUGGAAAAUCAACUCCUCUCACUGGAGGCCUCAAAACCCCCGACACGCCCAGCCCUUAAAUUUAAGGUGGAAAACUUCUUCUGCAUGGGUUCUCCUCUGGCGGUGUUCUUGGCUCUGAGAGGGAUCCGUCCUGGUACCAGCUGCCAUCAGGACCACAUCCUGCCGACCUCCCUCUGCAGCAGGCUCUUCAAUGUCUUCCAUCCCACAGACCCUGUGGCCUACAGACUGGAGCCCCUCAUCCUCAAACAUUACAGCAACAUUGCACCUGUUCAGAUACACUGGUGUAGCGAAACUUGCCCCACACCCUAUGAGGAGGUCCGGCCUACCUUCCUGACCCCAGUCAAAGAACCGAUCUCGGACACUGAGAGCAUCCCCAGCCCGAGCACCUCUCCGGUGCUCGCCCGCAGGCACUAUGGAGAGUCCAUCACCAAUUUGGGCAAAGCCAGCAUACUGGGAGCGGCGAGCAUAGGGAAGGGCAUUGGCGGCAUCCUCUUCUCACGUUUCUCCCGCUCCAACAGCCAGCCCUCAGUGGCUUUAGGACUGGAGGUAGGGGCGAACACUGAGGAAGAGGAGCAGAAGCGGACAGAAAGCCAGUCAGCAUAUGGCCUCUCCACCCUGAUUCGGCCCACCUCACCCGUUACUGACACAUCAUUGGAGCUGGAGCGCCGCAUCGACUUUGAGCUCCGAGAGGGUCUGGUGGAAAGUCGCUAUUGGUCAGCUGUGACCUCACACACAGGUUACUGGUGCUCCCAUGACAUAGCUCUCUUCCUGUUGACCUUCAUAUACAAACAGAAGACGACACCCUCUGACCCAGCAGAAAAUACUCAAGAGCCAGACUGAAGCAGCAAAUUUGUCACAACACAUAGACACUUAAAUGGUGUCUUAUAACCCUGAAGGGGGUAGGUCACCUUUUUGACAAGACAAAAACAGAAACAUCAUUCGUUUAUUUUUUUAUGCACACAAACUGCUGAAAUACAACAAAUCUUAUUUUUUUUUCCUAUAUCUCCCUGUGAUGCAUCUUAUUUAACACGUUGGAACCAAUCUUCACAAAAUGACUUAAUUCCAAGAUGUGCAUUUUUGUCUCUUUUUAUGUAGUUACACACAACUGUGCACUCUGAGGGUGACAUUGUUGGACUAGGAACCCCUAAGGAGGUGCAACCUUUUGCCAGUAUGGCCACAAGCUACAAAUAAACAUGGAACAAGAGUCUUAUGAGUUUGAUGCAACCAUUGGAAGAGAGUUCUAACUUCAUCCCCAAGUCUUCAACCUUAAACAGCUGCCGCCUGUUGAUAAAGUGUCCAUAUAUCUACAUCCAGCCUCGCUCCCGCAGACUCAUUCCAGAGCCUUGUGACACACCUGUCUGACCUUUGUUUCAUGGAGAAGAGAACAUUUUAAUUUAACCUUUAAAAUAAAUCUUCAGCUACCACAAAUAAAAAAAAACAUAAUACUAACAAGCAAAUGCAAUGCCUCUCUUAAUUAGCCAAAUAAUAUUACCCAUGCAAAAUAGUUCUGAUUAGUUUUUCCAAACAAAAAUGUUGGGCAUUAUCCCUUUAAUAAUGUUUUGGAAGUUUGAGGAAACUCAUAACAAACAUAUUUAUAUAGUUUUUCUUUCUCUGUGAUUUUUUAAUUUUUUUCAUGUUUGCCUCUUUUUAACAUUGUCUGACUCUUGAAAUAGAUAUGCACCAAAUAAAACCGGAACAAAGCGCCACUUUUAUAUUGUAACAACUUAAACCGAAUGUCCUUUUGGGUUUCGUUUUAUGCAAAGUUCAAUUUUUGUUAAAGUACGAGGCACAAAUUGUCUCUUAACACCAAAAACAGUUACAGUUGAAUGUCCUGCAAGACAUCAAUCGUUCCCAUGUGACAUUUACUGUAUAUGCAGAGGUUUACAACCACAUGAGGCUUUUAUCAAGACAUGCAUGUCUUCGCUCUGAAACGAGGGCUGGACAUGAAGAGUUAUUUUCUUACACCCGGUCAAUUAUUUUUAAAUCUCUUUGUCAUAUCAUUUACAAGACAAGGUCUCACCCAAAACUAUAAUUCAAACUAAUGCUUCUAUAUUAAGUAACGGUUAUGAAGAGAAUUUUCUCUGCUGUAUCUUUUUAUAUUUAGAUGAAAUCAGUGGAACUGGAUGUAUUUUUUCCUAAAUAAGAAAUGUUUUUCCUAGUGAUAUCAUCUCUGGGAAAAUUUAAUUCAAACGUGCAGCCAAAUAACAUUUAUGUGUCUAACUUAAUAGCUGCGUGGCAUUAGUCAUUCUAAGGCAUACUCCACGGAAAAGUAAUUGGGGUAAGAAAUAGCUCCUUUUAUUAUUUUGUGAUACAUCACAAUCAAAAUUGUAUCUUGCCUUUUCUUGUGAACAUUUCACACUUUCCUCUUUUGAGCAAUGGAAAUCUCAGCCUUUGUUUUUAUUUGUGUGAAAGGUUUUCUUAAUUUAGAAAAAAAGGUGUAUUUCUCAGCCACCAGGUGUGUCGUUGCCUAAUUGAUACUACUCAUAAAUUUACUCCAAAAAGAAAAGAAUGUGGACAACUGUAGACAGCAAAUCAAUGUUUUCUAAACAUUUUUUGCUUAUCAUGGCUCAUGCCUUAGGUUUGUCAGAGCAGUUCUAAAAAAUACAUAAUAAAUAAAUAAUACUCCUGUAAUGACGCAUCGUGCGUCGGUGGAUUGUCAUCCUUUUUAAAAACACGCCCAGUAAGGAUUAGGCAGAAGUUAGGAAACGUACUCACUUGGCACGCAGUGGUAUGAAUGAUAGAUGGAUGCUGGAGCAAGAAGACAUUGCAGAGAGUGCCAACACACAUCUAGGAAACUGCUUUGUGUUCUUCAUUGAACAGAAAAUCACUCAUGAUUGAUAAUGGACUUUUAAUGAAAUCAUAAGACUUUUGAAGGGGAUGAAGAAAUGGAAUUACCCUUAGAUUUAAGUUAGUCACGUGACAAACUUGAUCAAUUGUCAGUGUCAAAUUUUCUUUUUGUGUUCAACUUGUUCUAAUAUGGUAGUUAAAUGAGAGCUAUUUUUUUAAUUUGCUAUGGUGAAUUCUGGUGUUUUACUGCUCCUCUCAAUCAGGAGCUGUUGUUGACUGGUCCACCACAGAAUGGAAUCCAUUUAUUGGUAUUUAAUGUCUGUCAUAAAUGCAAAGGCCUACAGACUGAAACCAGGAUGCCUUUUAGAUGACCAGAUAUGUGACCAGGGAGAAGUAUGGAAACAGGGGCAAAUACAGGAGAUUGAUAUGAAACAUUUUCUACAAUUGAUCCGUUGGAUCAUUUGACCAUUCAUUGACUAUGAAUUGCACAGAAAUGAUGUAGAAAACAGCCAAAUGUUCAUUACAUUUAUUUUUUUGCUCAGCAUGUGUUGCAAUGCAGCAGUAGAU